AAGUUGGCCUACCGGUUAAGAUUUUCGUCAUCAGUGGUGUUACACCAAUGGCGAACAAUCAAGACACGGAUCUUGAAUCACUCAUAAUCAAUUUUGAGAGAUAUUGAUUUGAGUGGGAGUGCAUUUUAGAAUAAAAUGUUUAUUCACUAGUGCAAAUUUCAUUAUAAACAAAGUCUAAGUGAAACUUGUGUUUUCGUUGUAGAUCAAAUGGCUCACAACACCGCGUUCAACUUAGGCCCGAUGUUAGAGAAAGAGAAGUUAGCUACGACUGGAAACAACUAUGCGGACUGGGUCCGUAACCUGAGGAUUGUCCUCAGGAGCGCUAAGAAAUUGUACGUGCUUGAAACUGCUCUUCCAGCUAAACCGGCGGCAGAUGCACCGGUAGAUGAACAAAAUGUCUGGGCCACUAAGGAUGAUGAUCACAACUUAGUGCAGUGCCUCAUGCUAGCUUGCAUGAGUCCAGGGCUUCAAAAACGUUUUGAAUUCCAUAAAGCCCGUGAUAUGAUCCGGGAAUUGGAUGCUCUAUACAAGGAAACCGCAAAGUCUGAACGAUAUGAUAUCAUGAAGGCUUUGAUGGAUUGCAAGAUGGCUGAGGGUAGUUCAGUUGGCGAACACGUGGUCAAAAUGAUUGGCUAUUCUGAAAGGCUUAAAGCCCUAGAAUUUCCACUUCCACCUGGCCAUAUGAUGGACAUGUUGCUUUCUUCACUCCCCCUGUCUUACGACGGUUUUGUCAUGAACUACAACAUGACAGGGAUGGAGAAGACGCCGGAAGAGGUGCUCGCCAUGCUGAAAACUACAGAAGGAGGACUGCGGAAAAAUCGCAAGCAAGUGUUGCUUGUGAAUAAAAUCGCCAGUUUCAAAAAGAAGAAAGGCAAGCCAAAGAAGGGCAAGGGCACCGGUAAGACCGGCUCCCAAAGCAACUCUAAGGGCGGAGCCAAGAAUGAAACUGAGUGCUUCUACUGCAAGGGAACAGGACACUGGAAGAGAAACUGCAAGAAGUAUCUGGAAGAUAAGAAGACCGGGAAAACCGGAAAAGGGACUUCAGAAGGUGCGCAAGCUAGCAAAGAAUGAAGUCGUGAUGCGCGUCGGGAACGGCGCUGGGAUCGCCGCUCAAGCCGUCGGCAUUAUGCCUCUACGUCUCCCUUCAGGAUUUAUCUUAGAACUAAGUAACUGUUAUUUUGUUCCACUGUUGUGUAGAAACAUUAUCUCCGGAUCAUGUUUGGUACACGAUGGGUAUUCGUACAAGUCUGAGAACAAUGGUUGUUCACUUUAUUGUAAGGAUAUGUUUUAUGGAUUUGCACCCAUUGUUGGGGGCCUUUUCAUACUAAAUCCUGAAUGUGGAAAUGAUGUCUUUAACGUGAAUGCUAAACACCUUAAGAAGGCUGAUACCACCACCACUUUCAUGUAGCACUGUCGCCUUGGCCACA